CCUUGACAGCGAGAGGUUGUGUCGAAUGUUAGCUCCGACGCAUACUCAUUCAAUUUUGCGUGUUGCUAGCUGGAACAUUAUUUGGAGUGACAUCACACACUGAAAAAUACAUGAAAACCCUGACCUGCUAAAAUUUUUAGGUCGCCUGCGUCCGUCAAAACGAAUAAUCAGGUUUCAAGUCUGAAAAUUAUCAACAUUUCGAAUGAAGAGUAGAAUGCCCCGUGUGGUGGAGUCUAUCUUGCACGACAACCCCCUGUGUAAAGGGGUGGUGGAAGUCAUCGAAGUUCAGUUUAAGAAUGGUAAAGGGACUCUAACACGUCCUGAAAGACCUAGAAUAUCACCACCACCUCCACCACCACCUCUACUUUCCACCACCUCAGCACGUUCACCCAUAUCCAGCAAGUUCAUGAAGAAGCUUCGUUCCAGCAAGGCGUGUGUCGACCUUACCCACAAGGAAGACAACAGGUCAAACGAAUGUUCCGUGUUAGCCGAUUUAGCAAAUAAGUCAAACAUUUCUAGCGAAAAUAUCCAUAAAUCUCCUGCAAAAGUUGGCCCCACCUGCGACGAAAACAAAGAACCUCUGGCUGAGACAAAAAACUCCGAACGGGUCGAGGCAGUGAAAAAGUCACCUCUGAAGACUGAGCCAGGAACUCCAUCCCCCUCGAAAAGAGCCACUAGAAGUUGCACUAAAGCCUGCAAAUCCGAGGAACUUAACAAGAGUUUACGCAGCCAGGAAACUUGCGAUUCAAUGGAAAUCAACGUGGUUGACAACGAUGAGCCGCUGGAUGAAGAUGUGGCCAGUUAGGUUCAGCCUGCUUCAUUUAUGCAGAAAAUGGGCUAGUUAGGUUACCUACUACACUUGCGAUGAUGUGGCCAGUUAGGUUCAGCUUGCUUCAUUUCUACAGAAAAUAGGACGAGUUAGGUUGAACCUACUACACUUGCGAUGAUGUGGCCCGUUAGGUUCAUCGUACUUUACUUGUGAUAAAUAUGUGGCCUCUUAGGUUCUGCCUGCUCAACUAGAGAUGAAGAUUAGUGAGUUGUGUUCUGACUACUGCACUUGUGGUAAAUAUGUGUCCUCCGUCAUUCAGCCUACUACACUUGUGAUAAAUAUGUGGCCUCUUAGGUUCUGCCUGCUAAACUAGAGAUGUAGAUUCGUAGAAAUUCGUUCUGACUACUUCACUUGUGGUAAAUAUGUAUAUAAACUAAAGCUGUGACUAAUUAGGUUCCAUCUACUCUACUUGCAAAUGAAGAUUAGGUCAGUUAGGUUCAGCUUAUUUAACUUGUCAUAAAUAUAUGGCCUAUUAGGUUCAACCUACUUAACUUGUGAUUAAGUAGGCCAUUUGGGUUCAGUUAAGUUUGCUUCACUAAUAUUGAUGUGAUCAUUUAGGUUCAGCUUAAUUAACUUGUAAUAUCUUUAUAAUUUCAAUUUGUUCGCAUUCCAAGGCUUGGCAUAUUGUGAUACUAAUUAGACAAUUUAAUGUUCUAUCUUUCCACAUUUGUAAUGUACGCCAUAGUUUUCCAUAUAGUUUUAUGUUAUAAAAUGUUUAAUACGACGUGCUUUUGGACCGCUGAUCAGCUCUUAGUCGAGCAAGUAUUCCAAAAGUUCAAUGACUCACUGGACAAAUGCUAAGACACAAUUUUCUUGGAAUAAAAUGUUAAUAUGUAAUUCUACCAGUCGAAAUGUGAGUCACAUUGAACAUAUCACCUAGCUAUUCAAUAUAUUUAUAAAAACUUCAAUCGAAAAAAUAUACUCUUAUAGAGUUGAAAUAAAUUAGAAGGCGUUACCAUUUGCUACAAAGCAAUACGCUAAACCAGUUGGCUGACAGAAGGUUAUGUGCUAGACCAGUUGGUUGACAGAAGGUUAUGUGCUAGAUCAGUUGGUUGACAGAAGGUUAUGUGCUAGACCAGUU